AUGGCGGCGGCGCGUGCCGCCGCGGCUUUGCCUCCUGGAGAAGGGUCAGUGGUCAAUUGGUCAGGGCAAGGGCUACAGAAAUUAGGCCCAAACUUACCCUGUGAAGCUGAUAUUCAUACUUUGAUUCUGGAUAAAAAUCAGAUUAUUAAAUUGGAAAAUCUUGAGAAAUGCAAACGAUUAGUACAGUUGUCAGUGGCUAAUAAUAGGCUGGUGCGGAUGAUGGGUGUGGCCAAACUGACCCAACUCAGGGUGUUAAAUUUGCCUCAUAAUAGCAUUGGCUAUGUGGAAGGCCUGAAGGAACUUGUUCAUUUGGAAUGGCUGAAUUUGGCAGGAAAUAAUCUCAAGGCCAUGGAACAAAUCAACACCUGCACCUCUCUACAACAUCUCGAUUUAUCAGACAAUAACAUACCCCAGAUAGGUGAUCUGUCUAAAUUGGUAUCACUGAAGACCCUGCUGUUACAUGGAAAUAUCAUCACCUCUCUUAGAAUGGUACCUGCUUAUCUACCCAGAUGUCUUGCUAUACUUUCUUUGGCGGAAAAUGAAAUCCGGGACUUAAAUGAGGUCUCUUUUCUGGCAUCCUUAACUGAACUGGAACAGUUGUCAAUCAUGAACAAUCCAUGUGUGAUGGCAACACCUUCCAUCCCAGGGUUCGACUAUCGGCCAUACAUCGUCAGCUGGUGCCUAAGCCUCCGAGUCCUAGAUGGAUAUGUGAUUUCUCAGAAGGAAAGCUUAAAAGCUGAAUGGCUGUAUAGUCAAGGCAAGGGGCGAGCGUACCGGCCUGGCCAGCACAUCCAGCUUGCCCAGUAUCUGGCUACAGUCUGUCCCCUCACUUCUGCACUGGGCCUUCAGACUGCAGAGGAUGCCAAGCUAGAGAAGAUUCUGAGCAAGCAGAGAUUUCACCAGAGGCAGUUAAUGAACCAGAGCCACAAUGAAGAGUCGUCUCCUGUUGAAUCAAGGGCAUCCUUUGUGCCAGAGCAUUCCAGCCCCAUUCCAGAUGGCCAGGUAGUCCCAGAAAGCGAACCCGUCAUCCAAGUCAAUUCUUGGGUUGGGACAAGUAGUCAUGAUGACCAGUCACAUGCUGUUAAGAAUAACUUUCCAACCUCUGUACACACUGCAAGAUAUUCUCGAAAUGACCUGCACCUGGAAGACAUCCAGACCGAUGAGGACAAGUUAAAUUGCAGUCUCCUCUCUUCAGAGUCUACUUUUAUGCCAGUUGCGUCAGGACUCUCUCCAGUAUCACCCACAGUGGAGCUGAGGCUGCAAGGCAUUAACCUGAGCCUAGAAGAUGCUGCUGCUGCAGAUGAAUCUGUGAAAGGGCCGGAAAACCAGGGCUUAUCAAACAAGGAAGAGGAAAAGGCGUUGGGGGCUGCAAGUGAGAAUUCUGUUCAGAUGACAAAAGGUGCAGUUGCUACACAGGUAAAUGAGAAAGAUGGACUGUUACCGUGCCCUGAGCCAGUGGUCACCAGUGCCGGCUUGAAGGAUCACACCCGCAGUCUUACAUCUUUUUCUGAGUCAGUUGGACACAGUGUCUUUCAUAUGCAGCCAGGCAGUGAAGAAGCCAGGUCUCAAACAGCUUCAGAGAAACUUCCCUGCAGGGUGUUAACCCAGAAAUCUGUUCCUCUGGGACAGGAUAAAGUUGCCCUCCAGAAAUUGAAUGAAGCAGCCACCAAGCUUCAGGCCUGCUGGCGGGGCUUUUAUGCCAGGAACUACAACCCACAAGCUAGAGACGUGCGCUAUGAAAUCCGUCUUCGCAGGAUGCAAGAGCACAUUGUCUGCCUAACCAGUGAAAUAAGGAGAUUAAGGAAAGAAAGAGAUGAAGAACGGAUUCAAAAAUUUGUUCAAGAAGAGGCUGUCAGAUUCCUCUGGAACCAGGUAAGGUCUCUACAAGCUUGGCAACAGACUGUGGACCAGCAUCUAAGUUCCUGCCAUAUUGAUGUUCCCCCUAUAUUAAGUACUCUGGUGCCAUCUAAACCUCCUUUAUUCACCCAAAGUCAGGAGCCAUCUUCUGAUCAAAAUUCUGAUUGGUUCAUUGCUCCUGAUGAAGCUCCUCAAGAGAAGUCCUUACCAGAAUUUCCAGACUCUGGUUUUCAUUCCUCCUUAACUGAACAAGUUCACUGUUUACAGGAUUCUUUGGAUUUUGAAAAAAGCUCCACGGAAGGUAGUGAAAGUUCCAUAAUGGGGAAUUCCAUUGACACUGUCAAGUAUGGCAAAGAGCCAGACGUAGGGGAUGUUAGUGAAGAACCUGGUGAGUGGGGUAAGGAAGGCUCCAACAACGAGCAGGAUAACAGUCUGCUUGAACAGUAUCUAACUUCAGUUCAGCAGCUAGAUGAUGCUGAUGAGAGGAGACAUUUUGAUGAAGGGACGGGAGAUAGUAAGCUUCACCUACCUCGUUCCCCUGAAAAGCUAGACGUCUUAUCUGAUAGUGCUUCUGUAGAUGUCGCUCAUGGCGUAUCUCCUGCUUUGCAAUAUGAAGUCAGCCAGACACCAGAGAAUUGUGAAUUGAAUGCAGAAGUACAAGGGCAGCAGUCAGAAUGUGAUUCUACAUUUCAGAUAUUGCAUGUUGGUAUUAUUGUGUAG